AUGAAAGUUAGUAAAACUAUUCUUUUUGACCGGAAAAUUUAUAAUUAUUUUGAUUUGCCAAAAGGUUACCAAAUUACUCAACAAGAACUCCCAUUUGCUACUGCUGGUUAUUUGCCAAUUAGCGAAGAGAAUGAGAUUAAAAUAGUGCCAAUAAAAAUUCUGCAACUAGAAGAAGAUACCGCCAAAAGUACUUAUUCGCAAGAAGGAAUUAAAUUAGACUUUAAUCGAGCUGGUAAUCCCUUAAUUGAAUUAGUUACUGAGCCAGUUUUUCAGCGAGUAGAAACUGUUUUAGUAUUUAUUAAGCAAUUACAAAAUCUCCUCCGCUAUCUAGGUAUUUCCCAAGCCAGAAUGGAACAAGGGCAAUUACGAGUAGAUUUAAAUUUUUCUCUCCAAUUAGGUGAUAAUUACUCUACACCACGUUAUGAAAUUAAAAAUCUUAACUCGUUAUCUAAUAUUGAAAAAGCUUUAAAAUACGAAAUUGACAAACACCAAUUAUUAUUUUCCCAAGGGCAAAACCCCCCCAUCAGUCAAACAUUAGGAUUUGACGAAAACAAACAAAUUACUAUUACCCAUCGGGAAAAGACUAGUUAUUAUUACUUGCCGGAAGUUAAUAUCCCUCCCAUUAAGUUAAAAAGUUCAGAAAUCCAAAAAAUAAAGAAAAAUCUUCCGAAGAAUGACAAAUACGAUAAAUAUCAGAUAAAAGAUUGGGGUGGGAAAACGAUUGGCGAAGAAGGUUAUAUUGACCUAUCGAGAUUUGUCUUGGUUGCUACCACUUCUACUUCUAAUCCUCAACUGUCUGAGAAUUUGCAGGACAAGUUAAAACAUGUCGAACCAUUUUUAGAUAAAUAUUUUUGA